AUGUAUCUCCAGAAGCUGUUCACCUCGGCUGCAGCCCUGAGUGGCUGUGUCUGGGCACAGAGUCAGGCUGGUAUCGAGGAUCUCGAUGACCCCGGCAAUGACCUCUACGAAAAGGACCUGUCAAAAUGCCCAGGAUACAGGGCGACAAAGCAAUGGGAGACUAGGUCUGGAUUUUACGCGGAACUUUCUCUCGCAGGGCCAGCAUGCAAUGUUUUCGGGACUGACCUCCCAGACUUGAAGCUGGAGGUGGAGUAUCAGACCAGCGAUCGACUCCACGUCAAGAUCCUGGACACCAACAACACGGUCUACCAGGUUCCAGACAGUGUCUUCCCGCGCCCCGGUUUCGGCCAGUGGUGUUCCCCGAAGAACGCCAAGCUCAGGUUCGACUUUAAUGCCGACCCCUUUUCAUUCAUUGUGUCUCGGACUGAUACCGGGGAGGUGAUCUUCGAUACCACGGGAAACAAGCUGGUGUUCGAGAGCCAAUAUGUCUAUAUCAAGACACAUCUGCCGCAGAACCCGCAUUUGUACGGACUGGGUGAGCACAGCGACGCGUUCAUGCUGAACGCGACCAACUACACUCGGACGAUCUACACCCGCGAUGCCUACGGGACACCUCAAGGCGAGAACCUGUACGGCGCUCACCCGAUAUAUUUUGACCACAGGCAAGGUGGCACCCACGGAGUCUUCCUACUCAACUCCAACGGCAUGGAUAUCUUCAUCGACAACAAGGGUGGUCAGUACCUCGAGUACAACAUCAUCGGCGGUGUUCUUGAUUUCUACUUCAUUGCUGGCCCCUCCCCGCGCGAUGUGGCCAUGCAGUACGCGGAAAUCACUCAGCUCCCAUUGAUGACUCCUUAUUGGGGACUUGGUUUCCACCAGUGCAAAUACGGCUACCAAGACGUCUACGAAGUCGCCGCUGUCACCGCCAACUACUCCUCCAACAAUAUUCCUCUGGAAACCAUCUGGACGGACAUCGACUACAUGGACCGUCGGCGCAUCUUCACCAUUGACCCAGAAAGGUUCCCCGCCAAUCUGUACAAAGACCUGGUGGACACAAUCCAUGCGAGAGAUCAACAUUACAUAGUCAUGGUAGAUCCCGCCGUGUUCUACAAGGAGUCCAAUCCGGCGCUUGAUGCAGGUCUUAAAUAUGAUACCUUCAUGAAGGAAAAAAAUGGCUCCGAAUACCAGGGAGUUGUUUGGUCUGGUCCGAGCUACUUCCCUGACUGGUUCCAUCCCGCAUCGCAGCAGUACUGGAAUGAGCAGUUCUUGGAGUUCUUCGACGGAACGAAUGGCCCGGACAUUGACGCGUUAUGGAUCGAUAUGAACGAGCCCGCAAACUUCUUCAACCGCCCCUACCCAGGCAACAACACCACCCCGGAGAAUUUCGCGGAGGUGGAUGGUGACCCUCCAAAGCCGCCACCAGUCCGCGAUGGUCCGGAUGCUCCUAUCCCUGGAUUCCCGAACAGUCUUCAGCCAAACUUUGCUUCCGGUAACGCAAAUGAGAAGCCUUCAACUACUGUUGUCCAACGUCAUCAACCUCAGUCUCGUUCCCGCCGCAACCUCGGUGUUGGUCAUUGGCGCUCUGCCAGUGGGGCUCCUUCGAGUGCUGGCUGGCAGCACGGCAGACAAACUGGCUCUGGCUGCGGACCUGACGAGUGCAAGGGUCUUCCAAAUCGCAAGCUCAUCAGGCCACCUUUUAUGAUUCAGAACGGCGCUGGACCCACGCUUGCUGACAGCACUGCCGACACCGAUCUGGUGCAGAGUGGCGGAUACGUUCAAUAUGAUACCCACAACCUUUACGGGGCUAUGAUGUCCUCGCAUUCCCACAAUGCCAUGCGUUCCAGGCGCCCAGAUGACCGCGCUUUGGUCAUUACGAGAAGCACGUUUGCUGGCUCCGGCAAGGACGUGUCCCACUGGCUUGGAGAUAACGUUUCUGGGUGGCUUUGGUACCGCAGCUCUAUCAGUCAGAUCCUGCAGUUUGCAUCGUUGUACCAAAUUCCUGUCGUGGGCCCCGAUGUUUGCGGCUUCGGUGGUAAUGUAACGGAGACGCUCUGUGCUAGAUGGGCAGCUCUUGGAUCAUUCUACACAUUCUUCCGCAACCACGCCGAAAUCUUCGCGAAUCCCCAGGAGUUCUACCGCUGGCCGAUAGUCGCUGAGGCCGCGCGCAAAGGAAUCUCGAUCAGAUACCAGCUCCUCGACUAUAUCUACACCGCCAUCUACAAACAGAACCAGACUGGCACCCCGGCCCUCAACCCUCUGUUCUUCAACUAUCCAAACGACCCCAACACCUACCCCAUAGACCUGCAGUUCUUCUACGGCGACGGCAUCCUUGUCAGCCCAGUCACAGAGGAGAACAGCACGAGCGUCAACUACUACCUCCCCGACGACAUCUUCUACGAAUGGGGCACCGGCAACCCCGUCCGCGGGCACGGCGAGUACAUCUCCGCCGAGGUCGACUACACGGACAUCAUGGUUCACUACAAGGGGGGCAUUGUCUACCCGCAGCGCAUCGAGAGCGCUAACACCACCACCGCGCUGCGUAAGAAGGGCUUCAACAUUGUCAUUGCGCCGGGGCUCGAUGACUGCGCUAAGGGCUCCCUGUACCUCGACGACGGCGAGUCGGUUGUGCAGGACGCCGUCUCGGAGAUUGACUUCAAGUACGUGCAUGGUAAGUUCAGCAUGACUGGCUCGUUUGAGUACGAGGCUGGCGUCACUAUUGAGGCUAUCACUGUUCUUGGCGUGGAGCGCGAGCCGAAGGGACUCCAUGAUGCCGAGUACGAUGCCGAGAAUAAGAAGCUGGUGCUUCAUGUUGAUGUGCCUUUGACCGGCCAGUCUCAUAUAACGGUAGUGUGA